UAUUAAACACAGACAAAACAAUUUGUUUAGUAAAUAUUUUACACGUUUAAAAAUCAUAUUUAUGUUCUACACAAAUAUGGUUGAUAAUUAUCAGAGUGACUAAAAUCACUUGACCUUGUACUACCAAACAAUCGUUAUGUAUUUUACUCCUAAAUUUAGUCUUGUACUCUUUCAGGUUGUUGUCAAAGAAAGCGGGAGAGUUCAGUCAAGAAUCCUGAGUUGUUUAUGUUCACCGGAUUGUUCAUGUUACCAACCGGUUACAACCAAUUUCAAUGUCCAGCCGUUUGCAAAUCCCGUACUGAUGGAUGACGACAGCAUCGUAGGUCCACAAAACGGGGCUGAUCUUCCUUGUCAGAUUCUCAAUGUACCAGUCAGUAUUGACGAGAGUCUAGUUGACAGCUAUUGUUUGGUCGAGUAUGAUGGUAAACCAUAUCCAGGAAAGAUAACCGAAGUAGACGAUAUCAGUGUGAAAGUUAAAGCAAUGCAUUGUAUCGGUAUCAAUCGAUAUUUCUGGCCUUUACAUAAUGACGAAUGCUGGUACGAAAGAGAUCGUAUCAUUUCCAUGUUACCCUGUGAACCAGAGAAGCUGAGUGGCCGUCACCAGGCCCUACCUCUACCAAUAUGGGAGGCAGUGAAAGAUAAAUAUGAUCUGCAAACAUGUAUCAUUAUCUUUUGAUAUGAAAAUGUUUUUCGGGUUGUACUUUUGUGUUGCAUGUAUGUAAAAAUCGGGAUUAACAAACAUUGAAUUCAUAU